AUGGUGGAGACGAUUCAUUUACGGUUCGUCGGAGGGGGUUGGUACUCCGCCUUCACACAAGUCGAGCAUGCUAUCUCCGUGAAGGGUUUUGCGACUCUCUACGAUGACCGAUAUUCUCAAUACCGAGCACAUACGGUGAGUAAUGACGGUUGUGUUCUAAUCAUAACCGCUUUGCUAUGGAAGGAAACUCCAUGGAAACCACCAUGGAAGAGACAAGGAUUCGGGGUUGAAGAUGCAUCUUCUUUGUUGUAUGGCGAUAUUCGUAUAAUCGCUGAAAAUUGGGAGUCCGGAUUUUUAUUUCUUUCGAAAGAAUCAAUAUAUUGGGUUCUUAAUCGAAGAAUAUUUAUAGAUCUCGCUCGGAAGCUGGCCAAUGUAAUACAACAAGGAGAAUUUGUAUUUGGUAUUGUCAAUAAAUGGGUGAUAACCAAAGAUGAAGAUCGCUUUAGAUUGGAGACGAAUAUGUGGAAGAGAAAUAACAUAGUUAAUACUCUAUUAGCGAUUAAGACUUUUUGGAAUGAAGCAUCGCUAAAAUUCACUUCCGUU